UCUAGGAAACUGUGACCAGAGCAGCCGGCGGACACUGGAGGAGAGGAGACAGAUAUCCCCUCACACCGCACAGGAUCACAUUCACAGGAAAGCUCAUCGUCAUCAUCAUGUCGGUAACGCGGGCUCCGGGGACUGCAUCCUCCCUUCAGUUAUGCAGGAUCAUGCGCCCAGAUGAUGCCAACAUUGUAGGCAACGUCCACGGGGGCAUCAUCCUCAAGAUGAUCGAGGAAGCUGGAUGCAUCGUCAGCACGCGACACUGUAACACACAGAAUGGGGACCGCUGUUUGGCAGCUCUGGUUCGGGUGGAGAAGACAGAGUUUCUGUACCCCGUGUUCAUUGGCGAGGUCGCUCAUGUCACCGCUGACAUCACAUACACCUCCAAGCACUCACUGGAGGUGCAGGUCAAGGUCAUGGCUGAGAACAUCCUCACAGGUGCCAAAAAGCUGGCUAACAAGGCGGCGUUGUGGUAUGUCCCCUGCUCUCUGCAGAAUGUUGACAAGAUCACUGAGGUGCCGCCAAUCAAGUAUGCCAGUGAAGAAAAAGAGGAGGAGGGAAGGAAGCGCUAUGAGGCUCAGAAGAUGGAGAGACUGGAGACCAAGGCUAAGAUUGAAGAGGUGGUGCCACCUCCACCAAGCCCAGAGCAGCACACGGUUGGCUUCAGCCAGUCCAGUCUGAUCCAUUUGGUGGGCCCCUCUGACUGCACACUACAUGACUAUGUUCAUGGAGGUGUGACCAUGAAGCUGAUGGAUGAGGUUGCCGGCAUUGUGGCAGCUCGGCACUGCAACACCAACAUUGUUACUGCCUCUGUGGAUGCCAUCAACUUCCAUCGCAAGAUCAAGAAAGGCUGUGUGGUGACUGUGACAGGACGGCUCACUUUCGUCAGUAACAAGUCUAUGGAGAUUGAAGUGUUGGUAGAUGCCUCCUCACUGGUGCAGGAAGAUAAAGGGAAAUACCGCGCUGUCUCUGCCUUCUUCACCUUCAUCUCCCUGGACAAGGAAAAUAAGCCUCUGCCUGUCCCUCCUCUCAAGAUUGAUGGCGAGGAGGAGCAGAGACGUUUUGAAGAGGGCAAAGCACGUUACCUCCAGAGUAAAGCAAAGAGACUUGCCGAUAAAGACCGCCAGCAGUGAUGCCGCAGCUCACCAGAACUGAACGCCUUCAGCAACAGUAUAUCAACCCCUCACAACACAUACAGUGUGAAGGAAAUAAGAACCAUCUCUUCUCUUAUUCCUCUUUAAUUGUAACCACCUCUUAAACCUAAACCUGUGAUGAUUCUUUCUGUGCUACGCACCAAAGUGUCCGCUUGUAGCUGUACAUGUAUGUAAAAGUAAGAGAUUUUUAUUGAUGUAUGAAGACUAUUUAUGAUCAAUGUCAGGGCAAAGCAACAGUCUAACUGUAUUCAGAAGGAAGAGUACUAUUUUGUUUUAAUGAGAUUUUAAGUAUGAAGACUUCAAGAUCCGUGUCAAUGCAAAGAGAUAGUCUGAGCGAAAGCAAAAUGAUGAAUAAGUGAGUGAAUAAUAAUGAAUAAAAGA